AUGAACUCUACCUCGUCUCUCGCCGGAUCAGGCCGUGCCUAUUCGUCAGACAUGGAGGAAUCAACAUUCCUGAAACGCAAUCGGGUCAUCCAUUUUGUUCGUCUUGGUCUAUCAUUCUUGACCUUUGGUGUUGCAAUUGCUGUCGUUGCCUGUGAAGCACCACCCUUGCGACAUUACAACAGGACUUCCCAGUGGGCAAGUGCCGGCCUUGCCCUGUGGCCUUUGAACUUCGACAUACGCCCAUCCAUCGCAGCUUUAGUCUGUGGCUCAAUAGUCACCGUACUAAAUCUGGUAUACAUUACAGCUGCCCUUCUACCAUCGCCCUAUUCCCGCAUAAAGCCACUAAACAUCUACGCCUCAACCUCAGCACUAGCAGGCUUUGUCACAGCUCUAGUCGGAAUUCUCUUUAUCAAAUACCUCCCAUCAUCAAACUACCCAGCAGGUUUCAGCAAAAACGAAACCCUCCACAGCUGGACCUGCAAAUGGAAGACCGGAACAAGCACCACAAACACCCCCACCCACUUUGACCGUGACUGUAUCAAUACCCACGCUGCAUUUGUUUUGCUGUGCGUGCUGGUCGGGAUGGAAGUCUUAAUGGGUGUCGUUGCUGCUCUGGGUACAUGGUUCCAGCGGGACGUCUCUCGUCGCCGUGCAGCCCAAUUCCAGCUUGAGAAGAUGGAGGUUGCUACCAAGAAUUCUCGGACUUGA